CUGGUGGAAUAAAUCGUGUAAAAUAUCCAAUUAUAUGUCAAGCGGUUGGUAUUGUACUGCAUUAUUCUACGCUAUCUACAAUGCUCUGGAUUGGAGUGACAGCAAGAAAUAUUUAUAAACAAGUUACAAAAAAGCCUGAAACAUCCCAAAACAGUGAUCAGCCUUCUUAUCCCAAGCAGCCAUUGCUCAGGUUCUAUCUGAUUAGUGGAGGAGUUCCUUUUAUUAUCUGUGGAAUUACUGCAGCAACCAACAUAAAUAAUUAUGGGAUAAAAAGUUACGCCGGAGCUCAUUGUUGGAUGUCAUGGGAGCCAAGCCUUGGUGCAUUUUAUGGACCACUUGCAUUCAUUGUUCUGGUAACGUGCAUUUACUUCCUCUGCACCUAUGUGCAAUUAAGGCGUCAUCCAGAACGCAAGUAUGAAUUAAAGGAAAGGAUAGAAGAUCAGCAGAGGUUGGCAAGUCCUGAACUUGGCCAUAGUCACCUGACAGACCUUGGAUCAGUUUCCCAGGCAACCUGUUCAAUGAUGUCUUCAUCCUUGUUGGAAAAUGAGCACUCCUUCAAGGCUCAGCUUCGAGCUGCUGCAUUCACUUUGUUUCUGUUUACUGCCACCUGGACUUUUGGUGCCCUGGCUGUUUCCCAAGGACAUUUCUUGGAUAUGAUAUUUAGUUGCCUGUAUGGAGCAUUUUGUGUAACCUUAGGACUCUUCAUCCUCAUCCAUCACUGUGCCAAGCGAGAUGAUGUGUGGCAUUGUUGGUGGUCUUGUUGCCCUUCUCGAAGAAACACGUACUCGGUGCAAGUCAACGUCCGUCCAAAAGUUAAUGUCAACGGUGAAAGCCAAGCUCAUGCCUCAUGCCUUCAAGACUCACCGUGCCCAGGUAAAUCAGCUGUUUUUAAUCACCCAGCCAUUAGUCAUUGCAAGCUCACCAAUCUACAGGCUGUUCAAAACCACGUCAACUGCCUUUCACCAGUCACACCGUGUUGUGCAAAAAUGCAUUGUGAUCAGCUCCUGGAAGAUGAAGCUCAUAUUCAUGUACACAACGAAGGGACUUUCAGACCCAACAUGCACAUUCACAGAUGUUUGAAAAGUAGAACUAAACCACGAUAUUUCAGCCGACAUCGAUCUGCAGGAGAAAGGGAGUAUGCUUACCACAUUCCUUCAAGUAUUGAUGGCAGUAUACACAGUUCACAUACAGACAGUCCACACAGUACACAUGACCGUCACUCGGGCCACAGGCGGCCAUGUUGUGCAAAAAACAGUCCCUAUCCAACCAUCACUCAGCCUGAAAGUAGUGAUGCAAGUACUGUGAUCUAUAGUUGUGCUAAACUCCCAGAAACUGAGACAGGCCCCCAUUUUGAAAUGCAUCCACGGACACAAUCCUUGCCCUUCAGCACAACCAGCCACAAUGGAAUUCUAAAGGGAAACCUGCAUGAAGCCAUGAUCUACAGUUCAGAUAGUACAGGAAAUAUCAAAACAGGGCCAUGGAAGAAUGAAACUACUGUGUAG